AUGGGCUUGGAGCUGCUAUACAGAGCCCUCUGCUGGGCCGCAUUCUAUACACAACUGGCGCUGUUCCUGCAGUGCAUCCUGCUGGCGUCGGCGGCCGGCAUGCUGGCCAGCCCACUGCUGCGCAUGGUGCGGCGCACAGCGUCCACAAACUGGGUUGGCGCGCGGGUCAUGCGCGUUCUGACCGAGCACGUGCUGGGCAUCACGGUCGACCGAGCACCAUGCAUCAUCGUGGCCAACCACCAGAGCCUGCUGGACACAGUGUGGCUGGCGUGGGUGUUUCCGCGCAGCGCGGUCAUUGUCGCCAACAUGUUUGUGCGGCGGCUGCCGAUGCUGGGGUGGUUCAUGCGGCUGGGCGGCAACCUGUUUGUGCGGCAGGGCGACAAGCAGAGCGUUAGGGCUCUGUUCGAGACGUCGCUGCGCUACCUGGAGCACGAGCGCACCAGUAUUGUGAUGUUCCCCGAGGGCCGCCGCAACCCUAGCGAGGCCGGCGCGCUGCUGGAUUUCAAGAAGGGCGCCUUCUAUCUGGCCUACUGCACGCACGCACCCAUAAUCCCUGUCGCCGUGCAGUGCACGCACGCGCUGUACAGCUGGUCCGACCUGCGCUUCCGCCGCAACUGCGUCAUCCGCAUCCGCGUGCUGCCACCGAUCUCCACGGAGCACCUCACUGAGGAGGACAUCCCAGCACUGAUCGCCGACACGCGCCGCGAUAUCCAAAAGGCCUGCGCCGCGCUGACCGCCGCGCCGGCCUCCUAG